AUGACUACACACGAGCGAGCAACAAAGUCCGACUGGCAUGCUAUUGCAAAGACAUGUCGAGAUCACAGACAAAAGACCAUCGACGCAGUCUCUCCAGCUUUGCCAGAGAUAGCUCGCAACUUGCCGCUAAAUGUCACUGGUGUGCCGCAUCGCCUACUCGCUGCCGACACUCUGAAGAUCACGGAACUCCCCACGGAGGUCUUACUGCAAGAGCUCGCAUCCGGAAGGUUGUCGAGCGCAGCGGUGGCCCAAGCAUUUCUGCAGCGAGCCGGAUUAGCACAGAAGCUCACCAAUUGCAUUACUGAACUUCUGCCUCAGCAAGCCCGGGACCGCGCCGAAUUCCUCGACAAGUACUACCUGGAAAAUCAAAAGCCCAUCGGUCCAUUACAUGGCCUGCCUAUCUCUGUCAAGGAGCACAUCUCAAUGAAGGGUCUUGAUCUGAACGCUGGGUUUGUUUCUUGGGUUGGCCAGCUUGGUAUCGACGAUGCAUUGAUUGUAAAGCUACUGUUCAACGCAGGAGCAGUCUUCUAUGCUAGAACCACUGAGCCUCAAACCCUCAUGCAUCUGGAGUGCUCAUCGAACAUAUUCGGGGUGACAACGAACCCGCACAAUCGUAAUCUCACUUCAGGGGGCUCAUCGGGAGGCGAAGGGGCAUUGCUUGGUCUCAAAGGGUCUUGCCUAGGAAUUGGCACCGACAUAGGUGGAAGCAUAAGAUCCCCUGCAGCCAACAACGGCGUGUUUGGCUUGCGUCCCACGAGCUUCCGACUGCCUUUAGAUGGCUUCGCGGCUACAAUGCUCGGACAAGAACAGAUUGUUCCCGUUGUUGGCCCUAUGAGCACAAGUCUGGAAGGUAUCAAGGUAUUCAUGAAGACACUCAUCGAUCAGAAACCCUGGUUAUAUGAUCCCAGCCUCAACCCCCUUCCCUGGAAGCAGCCAUCGUCACACCCAUCAGGCACUCUCCUCCGAUGUGGGGCCAAUGGCAGUCGCAAACUCCGCAUCGGCGUCCUCGCAGACGACGGUAUCGUCCGACCUCAUCCUCCCAUUCUCCGCGGCAUUACCACUCUCAUCUCCCGAAUCCAACACCAUCCUGACAUCGAAAUCGUCCCCUUCCCAGCAUACAAGCAUGACGAAGCCUGGCGCAUCAUCUCCUCUCUCUACUUCGCCGAUGCCGGCCAGGAAGAACUCGCCGCCAUGUCCGCCUCAGGCGAACCUCUGCGUCCGAUGAGUCAGUGGAUACUGGAGCAGAGUCCUCAUCAGCAACCCUUGACUAUCGCCGAGGUGUGGAAAUUGACGUGCGAGCGAGAUGCGUAUAAGACGGCGUAUACUCGACAUUGGAAUAGUGUGAAUACUCACCUUGCAGGACCAGAUGACGAAGACUCGUCGACGAUGCUCUUGCAAGGGGAAGACGCUCAAGAUGUUGCGGAGAAAAUGGUCGAUGUGAUUUUGUGCCCUGUCGGACCUGGUGUCGCACCUUUGUUCCACACGGCCAAAUAUUGGAAUUACACCAGUCAAUGGAAUUUGCUCGACUAUCCUUCUCUCGUGUUUCCCACGGGUUUGAAAUGUCUUCCGGAAGAAGAUGGGAUGGAAGAGGGUUAUCAGCCGAGAAAUGAGAAGGAUAAGUAUAAUUAUGAUUUAUGUGAGUAUUUUUGCACCUCGCUCAAAUUCCGUGAUGCGCCGAUUUCGCUGCAAUUGGUGGGAAGGAGGUAUGAGGAUGAGAAAGUAAUUGAGGCGCUAGAGUUGAUUCUGGAAGUGUCACAAUCACACGAAAUGCCGCCGACGAGUACAGGUACUUCGAAGCUCUGA